CGGGUGUUCCUGGUUCAGAAGAGCUGCGUGCUCCUCGUGCGGGUGGUCUUAUCUUGGUGAGAGUCUUCGCGUGCGGCGCGAGUCCUUCUGGCAUGAUGGCGGAAGCCGCGGCCACGGGCGCCUGCGGAGAAGCGAUGGCGGCGGCGGUGGCGGUGGCGGAAGGUUCCUCGGUCCCGGUGGGCUUUCCUGUGGGCCGGAGCUUCUCGAGCUACCGGCCCUUCGAGCCCCAGGCGUUGGGCCUGAGCCCCAGCUGGCGGCUGACGGGCUUCUCCGGCAUGAAGGGCUGAGGCUGCAAGGUCCCCCAGGAGACGCUGCUCAAACUCCUGGCGGGACUGAUGCGGCCCGACGUGCGGCCCCCGCUGGGUGGGGGCCUGGUCGGGGGCCAUGAGGAGGCGGCCCAGGAGGCCGGCCUGCCAGCCGCUGCGGAACCCAGCCCCUCUUUCCCAGCCCUGGGCAUUGGGCUGGACUCCUGCGUCAUACCCCUGAGGCACGGGGGCCUGUCCCUGGUGCAGACCACAGAUUUCUUUUACCCCUUGGUGGAAGAUCCUUACAUGAUGGGGCGCAUAGCUUGUGCCAACGUGCUGAGUGACCUCUACGCCAUGGGCAUUACUGAAUGUGAUAACAUGUUGAUGUUGCUCAGUGUCAGCCAGAGUAUGAGUGAGGAGGAAAGGGAAAAGAUAACACCUCUCAUGAUCAAAGGCUUUCGCGAUGCUGCGGAGGAAGGGGGCACUGCGGUGACCGGUGGCCAGACAGUGGUGAACCCUUGGAUUAUCGUUGGCGGGGUUGCCACCGUGGUCUGUCAGCCAAAUGAGUUCAUUAUGCCUGACAGUGCUGUGGUUGGGGAUGUGCUGGUGUUGACCAAACCCUUAGGAAUCCAAGUUGCUGUCAAUGCCCACCAGUGGCUUGAUAACCCUGAAAGGUGGAAUAAGAUCAAAAUGGUAGUCACCAGGGAAGAGGUGGAGCUGGCUUAUCAGGAAGCCAUGUUCAACAUGGCUACCCUGAACAGAAUUGCCGCCGGGUUAAUGCACACGUUUAAUGCCCAUGCUGCCACAGAUAUCACGGGCUUCGGCGUCCUAGGACACGCGCAGAACCUCGCGCAACAACAGAGGAAUGAGGUGUCCUUUGUCAUUCACAACCUGCCGAUUAUUGCCAAGAUGGCAGCCAUCAGCAAGGCCAGCGGGCGGUUUGGGCUCCUUCAGGGAACUUCAGCAGAAACCUCUGGGGGAUUACUGAUAUGUCUGCCGAGAGAACAGGCGGCCCGCUUCUGUUCCGAAAUCAAAUCUUCCAAGUACGGAGAGGGUCACCAGGCGUGGAUCGUGGGUAUUGUGGAAAAGGGAAACCGAACGGCCAGGAUCAUCGACAAGCCUCGAGUUAUUGAAGUGUUACCUCGUGGGGCCGCUGCUGCGGCCGCUGCUGCUGCUGCUGCUGCUGCUGCUCCUGCUCCAACUCCUGACAAUUACAAUGCCUCCUCUGAGCUUAGUUCAUGAGAUAGACUAGCAGAUGUUUGGAUUUCAGAGCCUUCGUACGCAAUCAUGGAUGGUUCUCAAAAGUUGAUUUUAGGAAGAAAUUUCCAAAGAAGGCCGCCUGCCUAGUGGUUCCAGCUGCCCUGUCUAGGUGAUGUGAAUGAGCCCAUCAAAAGCUGCGUUUGUGCACAUUCCAAGUUCAGAAGUAAAGUUUUUACUUUGAAGGGGGGAUUGUUCAUUUCUUGGGUAGAAGAGGAGCAGAGUGAUCUGUUUCCUCUUUCCAAGGGCAAAAGGAAGCUCUUCCAGUUUGAGGGAAUUUUCUUUGCACUGGGUUAAUUUCUGCACAGGGAAUUGAGAUUAUUACAUUAUAUACACAAGGUAAAUUGCAAAAUGAAAAAGCAUUUAAACGGAUUGUUAGGAGAGUUCUUAAAAUGCAACUUCCAGUUCCUUACUAGAUUUUUCCUAGGUAUUGGCUUUUUUCCUAUUUUGGGCAAGAAUUGAGCAGCUUGUCCAAUAACUGGGAAAGAAGGACCUGUAACCAUCUGGCCUGGUCUCUGUUAAUGAUGUUUCUCCCUUUGAAUCCCAUUCAGGAUGGGGAGAGGCGGAGUGAGCCCCAGAACCCAGGCCUCCGUGGUCAUUAAGAUGUUAAAAGCUUGUGCUGAUUCCUGGUGAUCUAAUCAAUAAAGUAAUUUCUAGCAAGAAAAAAAUAAAAAAGACUUGUUGCAAAA